AUGGAAAGUGAUAUUCUGAUAGCACUCAACUCCAGCACUGAGGCGAGUACCUCCGUCGAGACACUACCGCCUUUCGAUUGUGAUGGGGUAGACACUGAUCUCCUUUACACGCGUUUCUACAUGGCAGUGAUUGGUGGCGGCUCAAUUGCUCUCGUCUCAAUUUUCGAGAACGUCUUUCUUUUCUUGCUUUUCGUUACGAAUAAACAACACAGAAACUCGUACAACUUGUACAUGUUGUUGCUGGCAUUUUUCGACAUUUUCCUCUCAAUCUCGUACCUUGCACUCAUGGCUGUGAGAGUUUUAACGAAUUGGACAGCCAGCUACGCGUUAAGGCGAUUCUUAAUGUCGUACAUGAUCCAGAUGCUCACAAUCUCGCACGUGGCUCAAACAGCCUCUGUCUAUUUGAUCACUUUUGCCGCCAUUGAGAGAUUCUGCAUCACGUUGAACACUCGAGCCGUUCAACCACUGCAGAAUAAUCGCAAAUUCUUGGCCUUUCUCGCUGUAAUGUGCGGAGUGUUGUCCAAGGGGACGAUUCUUAUCGAAAUCGAGAUUCGCCAGAAAGCCGACUGUAUCGGUCGUUUCAACGAGUUCGAAGUGAUGCCAGCGGAAAUUGUGCAAAAUGCAAUCUACAAUAAAAUGUGGCGAAUUUGGUUCCGAAAUUUGUUCACAAUCGUUUUCCCCUUCAUGGUGCUCUUCAUCUUGAAUUUGCUUUUAUGGGGAAAGUUGCGACUGACAAGUCGCCGUUGGAAGGGCUCAGUGAUGCAAGGGGAAAAGCAAAAUCUCCGGCAAAACAAGGCCCGAAUCCGUGCCGCCACUCGAACUCUGGCAAUCAUCGUGUUAACAUAUUUGAUGUCGAAUUUUCUCUCGGUUUUAAUCACCGUUUGGGAGAUGUUCGAUCCAGCUUCACUUUGGAAACCUGGG